CUCCGUUAUUGCGGAAGUGAGCUCGAUGCUGCGCCACAAAGUUCGUCUGGGAAACAUUCGGAGUUCUACCAGACGACCAGACCAGACAGAUUGGUUUCCUGAAGUUGUCUGUCAGAAGUGGACUUUGUAGACGGUGUUGCGAUGGCGGAUUCACCGUACCAAGGCACCACGACACCAGCAAGUCGCAAAUCGGGAACUGUUGGACGUUUAACUUUUCCUGAAGUUUUCUUAAAGAGUGCUCAAUUGCUCUUCUCUGUGAUUGCCUUCAUCCUUGAGGAGAUUGUGACCACCUGCAAUGCGUGUGGAUUCCUCUACUUCUUCGAGUUCAUCAGCUGCACGGCUUUCCUCUUCACCCUCCUCCUCACCAUCCUCCUCGCCUCCAAGUUGCACAGCAAAGUUGGCAUCAACCGCUGGGAAACACUGGACUUCGGGUAUACAUUUGUCAUUGCCAUUCUGUUUAUUUUGGCAUCUGUCCUCUUCCUCUCCAACAACAACGGAUCUGAGAUAGAGAAAGUGUCUGGGAUAUUUGGCAUCAUUGCGGCAGUUUUUUUCUUUGCCAAUGCUGCUUUCCUCUUGGCAACAAAACGAAGCAAAGUCUUGUUCUGUCUGGGUGACACAAAAAAACCAACAGUCCAAGCGGAGGAGGGAGAGAAACUGCAAAAUGGCGCAUGAUGACUUGGCUGUAGUGGCUUUUUCACCUUCCUGAAUUUGUUUCAAGGAAACAAACCUUUUCUCUUUUUUCCUUUUUAUGCAAAACUGUGUGGAAUGGAUGAAUCUGUCAUGCCAGUCUUUUAAAAUCAGAUCAUAUUUCUUUGUAUCAUGUUUUAAUAGGGAUACCCUCUGUACAGCAUUUUACUGCAUUUCAUGUAAAUGCAACAAUGAAAUGUCUCAAAUGGAAUUUAUACAUAUUCUAACAUUAGACAUUGUUUUAAUUUGAACAAUCAUCAAAAUUGGCCAGAAGUGUUUUAGUUUCCCCUCAGUAUUUAAUUUAUGGAUUUAUGGCAUAAAAUGGACAACAGUCAUAGUAAUUUGACUUUGUCCACCCUCAGGACAAGCUGUACAUGUAUGGUAUUUUCAACUCCACAAGGGGGCAGUCUGACCACAUUUUGGCCAGAGCUGUACUCUGAUAUUGGCAGAAUCAAAAGUAGUAAAAGAAAAUGCAAGGCAAAAACUCAAGUUGUCCUUAUGUCAUCUUUUAGUAUGUACAGUUCAUGGAUAAAUUGUUUUAAUGCAGCAUAGAUGUUUUCCUGUGCGAAUGUGGGUAAUUUAUAUUUAGCUUGUUACAUGAUGUACCUUGUACAAUACUGCAGAAGUGCCUUUUUGUGUAUUUUUGUGUCAUAACUGUUUGUGCCUUUAUGUAGGCUAUGCAUUGCUCUUAUAAAGAAAUGAUUUUAAAUAUCCUGGCCAGCAUGUUUCAAAAUCGAGGACUUUACUUAAUAAUGUAAUCCCAUGAAAUGUUUUAUUUUAUUUUUUUAUCUUCAUUUUUUUUAAAUCAUGUGGUGUUAUUUUUAAGAACAUUUAUUUACGUCCCAAAGUUGAAUUAUUCGUUUUGGUCUCGAAGUGUGUAAAAGCAGUAUCGGAUCAGGUUUUGUGAUGCCCAUUAAGAAAAAUGGACUGCAAUCAUGUUGGGACAUUGACCCAUAAAUGUCUUCUUCUAUUUAAAAGUGUGUGUGUGUGUGUGUGUGUGUGUGUGUGUGCCCACUAAUCUGUGGAGUAUUCCUCCAGAUUGAUGCCACUUCAUGGACGUUGCACGACUGUGUCUGACUGUGUGCCUUAGCCAUGCUCCUCACUACACACACAAUGAUUAAAAAAAAUAUCACCUUGCACCCAGAUAGCCAAAGCCUACCAUAUACAUGGGUUCUACAUUUUUGUUCCCCCCUGGCAGCGCGAACCUAGCUGCGCACAAUUCAACCUCUGAUUGUUGGAAACCGCUGUUGGUCAAAAAAUUAGCUCACAUGGUUGGCUGCCAGUGUCUUGCCCCCCCUCACAAUAUCGUGUUUACAAACACCGCAAACCCAUGUAUAGUUUAUGGGUCGACAAGAGUCAGUGACGGAACAAUUGCGCUCAGGGCCCCAGGGCAAAACACUGACAUGGCCCCCCAUACGGAUUGCUAAGGGCCCCAUCCACCAAUAUGGGAGGAUUCUGGGCCCAGGGGCAAAUGCCCUGCUUGGCCCCCCUAUAUCUCUGCUGUUGGCAAGAGUAAUAAAAACCACAGUAUGUUUGACAAAGCUUUUGUGUAUGGCUUAAGAUUUAAACCAUAUACUUAAAGUUUAUACAAUAUUUAAGUCAAUGAAUUAAUGAAGUACAAAAACUUCAAAAGCAGACACAACAUUGUGUGUGUUUUUUAAGACAUUCAACUGUAGGGAAGAAGUCUGUCCUUGUACUUUAUGCCUUUGUGUGCUUUUCUGUUUCCUUUUUUAUUUUAUUCUAUUUUUUUUAUUUUGCUAAAUGUAUUGUCAUUAUUACUCUGCUCUUACUUUCAAAAUGUUGUAUUAUUGGCUGGCUGAGGACCAUUAACCUGGUUCUCGCGCAGAUGGAUGCGAGCUCACGAAGUUGAACGAAAAUGCACGAAGGGUCUGCGUGAGAACCAGGCUAGAGGACCAUCGUGCUCGUGAAAACUGUCAACCAACUCAUCAAGUGUUCUUGACAGUUUGGUCCAGUCUGAUUCUUCAUAAGCCAUUUUUUGUUUGUUUGUUUGUUUUUGCAUUCAAUAUUACAUUGUGUACAACAUCAACAACGUGGUUGCCUAUAACCUGUGACUUUUUAAAAUAAAACAUGUAAAAUA